GCUGUAUGGACUUGCCCAAAGCCGUUAAAUUUCUAAAUAAAAAAAAAAAAAAAUUCAAGUCUGCAACUUAUAUUCUAAGACCAUUUUUAGUUAUUAUAACUACUUAAUCUUAGUAAUCUGUGUUAUUAAGUAUUUCAAAAAGUUACAAGUAUUUGUGGGCCAAUAGUAAAAACACACAAGAUGCAAUUAACGUCGGACCCACGACGUGCAGACCGCGAGCGUCGCUUCAAACCUCCACCACCCACAUCUGCUCCUGCUGAAGAUCUGACAACAGAUUACAUGAACAUACUGAGUAUGAUAUUUUCUAUGUGUGGACUUAUGAUGCGAUUGAAAUGGUGUGCCUGGACUGCAAUAUUUUGCUCAAGCAUAAGUGUUGCGAAUGCAAGAGUUUCUGACGACACUAAACAGAUUGUGAGUUCAUUUAUGCUGUCUAUAUCAGCUGUGGCCAUGUCUUAUCUGCAAAAUCCAGCCCCAAUGUCUCCACCGUGGGCUGCCUUACUAACAUAAUAAAUUUUCAAUUUAAAUUAUUUAAAGUGAAAUGUUAUAUAAUAAAAGUGAUUUUACUUACUGUUGUAUGAUUUUUUUAUGUACAAAGCCAAAAGGGUAGCAAAUAAGCAUAUGGCCCUAUAGGUGCUCGCGAUGCAAAAAAAAAAACACUUGCACUGUUAUCCUGACCUAACAUUCUCCUCUAUCCCCUACACCUUGGAGCCCUAAAACCUUACUCAAUGUCAGAAACACAACACCACCAAAAGGUUCUACCAACAACAAUCCCAAAAUCCUGACAUUUUAAAAGGUCUAAUUUUUAACUCUCCAGAUCCUAUCAUGAGGAUUAUCAUUUAAUUUUCGUCAUAAAUGACGAAGAUAAACAUUUAGUUUAGUGCUUCAAACUGAG